AGAUUCGACGAACGUCAUUGCUGAUCCGACAUUCAUCUGAUAACUAGGGUUUCAGUGGCCCAGCUUCUUUGAUUUCUUGUUGUAGCUUCUUAUUCAGCGGAAUUACUUAUAUUUCGGCUUUGGUCUGAGAACGUGGCAGUCAAAUUGCUAUGGAUCGGCACGUUGCGGCUCGUUUUAAUUUGUAACUGUAUUAUUUGUGGGUUAUUUAUCUGAUCUGUGCCCUAAUUUUGCAUAGAUCUGAUGCAUUUUUGCUGAUUUCGAGAAAUGCAUUUAGUUUGGAUGGAAAAGCUCAAAUUUUGUGUGUUACACCGGUAGAGAUAGUGUUGGAGAUCCUCGUUGAAUAAGAUAUAUUGGAUCUUUACGGAGUACGGAGCUUUUUUUUGGUAGUGGAAACCAUGGAUCUCGCUGUCAGUUGGCAUGUCUGCAGUAAAGGGAUUAGGAUGAAAUGUGCCAUUUUCAAUAUGGUAGUUUGAAUCAGGAAGCGGAGGAUUGAGCAACAGACAAUAUGGGAAGUAUUAGUACAGACGAUACGUUAGUCAAGAGGCGGUCACUUGUAGAGUGGCUAAAUAGUCUGUUUCCGGGCCUUGAUAUUCCAUUGGAAGCGUCAGAGGAAGAAAUUAGGGUGCUAUUGUCUGAUGGAACAGUUUUAUGCGGAAUUUUGAACCAACAAGAUCCUGGUUUCUUGGCGAGUCAGAGAUGCGCAUAUAUGUCAUCUGAGCCGUGUCGGGAAAAGGUCAGGAGAUUCCUUUUAGCCAUAGAAGAAAUGGGCUUGCCCCUAUUUGCUGCCGGUGAUUUGGAACAUGGACCCAUUUCUGCAGUUGUUGACUGCCUUCUAGCUGUUAGGGAUCGAUUAAGUUUUGAAUAUAGUGAAGGGGAUAUUCAUGUGAUUUCCAACUCGGGAAAACAAGCUAGAGAGAAGUGGAUCAAAACAGGAAAUUGUGGAGAUUCUAUAAAUGCUGCACAAGGAAACCACAUUCAAAUGGGAAAAAAUUCUUCAUUCAGAGAAGAUAAGAAAAUGAACUUUUCAGAGAAAAAGUCUGAUUUGCAUGUCCCUGCCAUAUCAGAGCCAUCAACGUCCUCAUUGAAUCACGAGGGACACAAAUUUCGUGAGGUGUUCCAGCUAAUGCAAGGACAUUUUUCAGAUAUUCCUGCUACCAAGUUUUCAGAAAUAAUGAGAUCAAAUGGUUUAGAUAAUGUUCCAACCCAAUCACUUCUGAGUGCAAUCAACCGUAUUCUUAAUGACAGCAUAGAGAAGAAAAAUGAAGAGAUACCUCAUCCUGUAGCAAGCUUACUGCAAAAAGUUAUGCAAGAGAUUGAACGCCGUUUUUCAAUGCAGGCAGAACAUAUUAGAAAUCAAAAUUAUUUUAUGAAAGCACGUGAAGGGAAGUAUAAAUCAAGAAUUAGGUUGAUCGAGACACUGAGAGCUGGGACAACUGAAGAAAUACAAAUUGCAUCGAACCAACUCCGAAUGAUAAAGGGACAGAAGACCCAAAUGGAAGAGCGUUGCAAGCAGGUGGAGCAGUAUUCAUUGAAGUUGAUCAAAGAGAAAGAGGAUAGCGAUCAAGUGAUUAUAGAACUUAAGCAAGGUCUGGAAACAGCAAAGAACACAUAUGAAGAUCGUUACCAGCAAUUAGAAAUUGAAACAAAGCAAAAUGAAGCAAGAUUACAAGAAAGAAUAAAGGAGGUUGAACUCUUGCUAUCAGCAUCAACUAAGAGGAUAAAUGAACUCGAGGCAUUCUCUGAGUCAAAAUUCCAGAGUUGGAAUCAAAAGGAGAAUGUGUUUUACAAUUUUAUUUCUUCUCAACUGCAGUCAGUUAAGAGCUUGAAAAUUUCCUCAGAAUCCAUCAGGCUAGAAGUUGUAAACUCUCAAAGGGAUUGGAGGGAAGAAAUGAAUAGCAUGGGGGUUAGACUUAAAGGUUUAGCAGAUGCUGCUGAAAACUAUCAUACGGUUCUUGCAGAAAAUAGAAAGUUAUACAAUGAAGUUCAGGAACUAAAAGGAAAUAUCAGAGUGUAUUGUCGGAUAAGACCUUUCCUACGAGGGCAAAAUUCAAAGUUAACCACAAUCGACUACAUUGGUGAGAACGGUGAGCUCGUCCUUGUGAACCCCUCCAGGCAAGGAAAAGAUAGCCAUCGGAUGUUCAAGUUCAACAAGGUCUUUGGCCCAACUGCUACUCAAGCACAAGUUUUCUUGGAUAUUCAACCAUUGAUUCGUUCGGUUCUUGAUGGCUACAAUGUGUGCAUCUUUGCAUAUGGUCAAACUGGGUCGGGUAAAACAUUUACAAUGAGUGGACCAAACAUUUCUUCAGAGGAAGAGUGGGGGGUCAACUACCGAGCCUUGAGCGAUCUAUUUCAUAUGUCGCAUGUUAGGAGAAAUGCCUUCACGUAUGAAGUAGGUGUUCAAAUGGUUGAAAUCUAUAAUGAGCAAGUUCGUGAUCUGCUUUCCAAUAAUGGCUCACAGAAACGACUUGGGAUUUGGAGUAUUUCACAGCCUCAUGGUUUAGUUGUCCCUGACGCAAGCAUGUUUAUAGUUAAAUCAACCUCAAAUGUCUUGGAGUUGAUGCAAUUUGGGCAAACAAAUAGGGCUGUUGGUUCAACUGCUUUAAAUGAAAGAAGUAGUCGAUCCCACAGCAUUCUCACUGUUCAUGUACGAGGUGUAGAUUUGAAGACUGGUUCAACUUCAAGGGGAUGUCUACAUUUAAUAGAUCUGGCUGGAAGUGAGAGAGUUGACCGCUCUAAAGCAACAGGAGAUAGACUUAAAGAAGCACAACACAUCAACAAGUCUCUUUCUGCACUUGGUGAUGUCAUAUUUGCACUGUCUCAGAAGAGCGCUCAUGUUCCAUACAGAAACAGUAAACUUACUCAAGUUCUUCAGAGUUCACUAGGUGGACAAGCAAAGACCCUCAUGUUUGUGCAAGUCAAUCCGGAUGUAGAAUCAUGCUCAGAGACACUAAGUACCUUAAUGUUUGCUGAAAGGGUAUCUGGUGUGGAGUUGGGCGCUGCGAAAAGCAAUAAAGAGGGUAAAGAUAUUAAAGAUUUGGUUGAGCAGGUGACAUCUCUGAAGGAUACAAUAGCAAGAAAAGAUGAGGAAAUUGAACAACUACAACUGUUAAAAGAUCAAAGAUCUGAGUCUCCUGAGAGCAACUCAUUAAGAAAGACUUCUUCAUCUCCUAGUGUGAUCUCAUCCAUUGGCGGGUUAACUCAACUAGGCAGUGGCAAGGUUGCUAAAUUUGCUGAAAAACAUGUUCGAUGCAAUGCUGAUUUUUCUGAAUUUAGCAACAGAAAUUCAGGUGCUGGUUCUCUGUUGCCCAUGUUUAAUGGAGGGAAGGCGGCAGAACACUGUAAUGCUGAUGAUGAGACUGUGGGGUCUGUUGAUGAAGACUCUGAUGGAAUGUCAAGUGAUGUUUCUGGUGGGGAUCCUUCCAUUGGAGAAGAAGCUGAAUAUUUCAUGGGCGGUGCCCUUGAGUCAGCAAUUCUUUCAGAGUCUGGUAGACCAUCUGCAGUUAUGAUAGAGAAGAUUCCAAAGCCUCCACCAAGGAUAACCAAAUUACUCGCACAGCGAACAGGCCAAUCUCUGUCAACACGAGCAAAAUCAAGUGAUUCUUUGAAGUCCCUUGUUCCGAAGAAAACCAUGAGUGGCCAAGUGGCAUCAUCUUCUUCGGCCAAACAGAUGAAACGAUAGCCAGCGGUAAAGUAAAUCUUGCAUGGGAUCUUGUAUUAUUACAGUGCAAGAUUCACCCUUUAGUAUUUUGUAGCUAGCUUUACAGAAUUAAUCAAUCAUGUAAUAUAUUAAUUUAGGUACUUCUGAUCAUCUUUAUUGUACUAAUUAUUUUUCUGCUGCUCACUGAAGCAGCUUUUAUUAAUGUAAUCAUCCCAAUUUCAACUGUUUUAGAAGUUAAUAGUCAGUCUAUUCCUGCUUUCUUGUUCCAA